GAGAAAACAAAAAAAAACAAUAAAAAACACUCUCUAACUGUCGAUAUUGUCAGGAGAAAGAUGCGAAAAACAGAUGCUAGACGAGGAUAAAAUGAGAGAAGAAACGAGAGGGGGCUCAAAAGAACCGUUAUCUGCUCAGACCCUACUGUGACGGUUCUACCAAUCGCGAGGAAGAGUCCGUGAAUAUUAUGUCAGUAUUCCGUCCAAACAAAGCCGUCGAUCAGAGCGCCAGGGCCAGCUCGCCAGAACUUUUCCUGCCUCACCACGAUUUCUACAACGAUGAUUUCACGCAAGUGGACUACGACGCUAUCGAUAGCACGGUGAGGAGCACCAUAAAUCCGGCCGUUUUCCAAGGCGAUUUAGACGCCAUCCUCCCCGCAGAACCUCCGCUGCCGAUCGGCGAAAGACCGCGGCGAGAAGACGACGUUAUUUUCGUCUCCGCACACCAGGAGAACUGCAGGAAAAUAAGUUUUAAAACCGAAGCGGUAAUCGAGAAUAUACAGACCCCGCCGCAGCGAAAAGAAGAACAAGAAGACGACGUUAUUUUCGUCACCGCAUACCAGGAGAACUGCAGGAAAAUACCUUUUAAAUCCGAAGCCGAGAUUGAGAAUAUACCCAUUCAAACCCCCGCUACAGACAAUUGGGCGGAGGAGCGAGAGAAUAUACCCAUUCAAAUCCCCGCUACAGACGAUCGGGCGGAGGAGCGAGAGAAUAUACCGACCGAUACAGAAAAUCAGGCGGAGGAACCAUCCAGAGCUCCUCCUCUCAGGAGACUGAGAGCCCGACGGCGACUUCAUAAGAGGAGGAUCCUCGGAGACCUCAGAUUCAUGUACGCCAUAACCGUCCGUGCAUAUGCAUCAAUAUAUCGACACAAGGAUCUGUAAAAGGGAU